AUGAAAUCCGUGCGGAAAAUAUGGGCCACGUCACCCGAUCUCAGCAGCUUCGCCCACAUGAACGACUGGUACGACCACCAGGGAGAAGUUUCCAAGCAGCCGCCCAGGGUGGGCGUCCAAUGGGACAUGUCCCUGGCAGAGCACAGCCUGCCAGACGGAUUCUGCCACGUGGCAAACAGCAACGCGCGCCGCUACGUCGUGAGCAGGAAGGCCGACGCCAUCUGGGCGCCUCUGGAGAUUGCCGAUGGGGAAGGCGGCAUCAAGCUGCCAUUCCUGGUGGAAUUUUUCUUCUCCCACACUCGACUCGGCAGCAUGGUGGGGUUCGAACAAGAUGGGGCGUUUCGCACCUCCGUGGUGGUCGAGGAGUCACUAGACACCAACGAACGCCGCCCCUCCGACUGGGUCUGGCCUGCAUGGGGCCUGGGCGGCGUCCCGUCCCAUCUGCCCGACCACCUGCCAUCCGUUCCGGCACUAGAUGACAAGACAAUGAUGGGAACGCGCACGAUUUUGACUCGCAACCUGAUGGUUCAGGAGCGAGUGAACGUGUCCUGGGCAGAAGAAUGGGGCCCUAACAGCACUGCCGCUGCUGCAGCUGUUGCAGCAGCUGCAUCUGGUGACACGGCUUCAGCGGGAAAAGCCUUGGCAGCAGAAGUAACAGGAGCAGCGGCAGCAGCUGGGUUUAUGGGACGAGUUCCGGAGGGGGACGAGGAACGUUACGCGGUGUUUGCUCUGCCGCACGGGGUGGUGGUGUGCGCCCCACGCUCGCUACAGCUGGUGGCUGGCAGGCCAUUCGUGUUUUCGGUGUCGUGGGUGGUGGGGGAGGGCGAGGUGAAGCGCAUCACUGCCUCUUGGGGAGCGGAUGGGAGCUUUGAGAAAGUGGAGGGGGAGCUCGUGAGCCUAACAGCACCUAACACGUCAGCACCUUCCAAGUCAGCAUCAUCCAUGGCGUCUGGUGGCGAAGAUGCGGCACCGUUCAGGCAGAUGAGUACGGAGGAGCACUGGUGGUGGGGUACGCCGGAGCGCCUUAUGACGAACUGGCACGGCCAAUGGCGAUGCUGGAAGCCGCUCGAAUCAACGGACGCGAUCCGAUCCUUUAAAUCCGUGCGGAAAUUUUGGGCCACGUCACCCGAUCGCAGCAGUUUCGCUCACAUGAACGACUUUUACGACGAGCAGGGCGAGGUUCCCAAGUUUCGGCCUCCGGUCGGCGUCCAAUGGGACAUGUCACUCGCGGAGCACAGCCUGCCAGACGGAUUCUGCCACGUGGCAGUCGGCACAGCGCGCCGCCACUCCGUCAGCAGGGAGGGGGACGGGAUUUGGGGCCCCCUGGAGGUGGGGGAUGGGGCGGGCGGCAUCAAGCCUUUUGUGGAAGAGUUUUUCUUCUCCCACACCCCCACGUCUCGUUUUGGCUGCAUGGUGGGAUUCGAUCCAGAAGGAGCACUGCGCGCCUACGUGGCGGUAGAGGAUUCACUAGACACCAACGAACGCCGCCUUUCGGAGCAUUCCCCCACGUCUCGUUUCGGCUGCAUGGUGGGAUACGAUCCGGAAGGAGCAUUGCGUGCCUACGUGGUGGUGGAGGACUCACUAGAAACCAACGAACGCCGCCCCUCCGACUGGGUCUGGCUCACAUGGGGCCCGGGCGGCGUCCCGUCCCAGCUUCCCGACCACCUGCCGCCCGUUCCGGCACUAGAUGACAAGACGAUGGUGGGAACUCGCACCGUUCUGACUCGCAACCUGAUGGUUCAGGAGCGAGAGAACGUGUCCUGGGCGGAAGAAUGGGGCCUUAACAGUGCUGCCGCUGCCGCCGCAGCAGCUGCUGCUGCUUCAGAUGAAAAGUCCGUUGCAGCGGACGCAGCAGCGGCUGGGUUCAUGGGGCGAGUGCCAGAGGGAGACAAGGAGAGGUACGCGGUGUUUGCUCUGCCGCACGGGUUGGUGGCGUGCGCCCCGCGCUCCCGACAGCUGGUGGCGGGGAGGCCGUUUGUGCUGUCGGUGUCGUGGGUGGUGGGAGAGGGCGAGGUGAAGCGGAUCACUGCCACUUGGGGGGCUGGCGGGGGCUUUGAGAGGGUGGAGGGCGAGUGGUACAGGAGACAGGCGUGA